AGCAUUUCGCAUUCGGUGCUCUGGUUUCAACGAGUGAAGACACGUUUUGAUCGAGUGAAGGAAAAUCACAGCCAGUGUCAAAGUGACAAUGUGAAAAAAAAAAUUCAAUUUAAUUGAAAACGAAAUUGAAAGCGAGCAAGACACAAGUGAAAGUCGGUAAUCAUGGCAAACGAAGAGAUGGAGGAGAUACAACGUUUGAGAAACGAAAUGCAAAAUCUUCAUGAUAACAUCAUGGUUGCGCAAUUCGAUUUAGCGAUCGAACGAAAUUCAACGCCACACUUGUUAGCUGCACUCGAAAGAGGAAAAGACAACCAGCAAGAAUUGAACAAGCUACAACAAUUCUUUGCUCAAUGCUCGCACAACAUGGACGAAACCGAAAAAAUCAUGAAGAAGUUCGAGCGUACAUUGGUCGGCCCCGGAUAUCAUCAAGAUAUUCAUUGUGCGGUCGAAGAAAUUCUCCGAUAUCGACAAAAGUUAUCGAAUAAACGCGAAAAUGGACACAAAAAGCGAAUUGCUAGUUUGGAAGCGGAACUCAUGCGACUACCCCAUUACCGAGCCAUGGAUGCAAAACGCAAACGGUUGGAACUACUCGAAAAAGAGCUCGAGGAAAUCGAUCGUCAAUUUGCUGCGGAACAAGCAAAGACUGACGCAAUCGAGAAAGAAAACCAACAAAUUUUCGAAUCGUACGAAUCGAAUUUUCGUGAAUUGGAAAUCGAAAUCGCCAAUGACGAAGCUGAGAUACAACAAAUCUUGGCAGAACUUGGAGAAGAUACUGCACCAGUUGCCGAAACGAGUGAAGAGCAGCCGAUUGUACAGCCAAGCACAACAGCGGCUACAGAACAAUUAACGGCUGAGAUACCAUUGCAUUUGCAAAAAAUGGAAGUCGUUGAAAAUUUGCCUGAAAUCAUGGACGAUAGCUUCGAAGAAUCGAGCCCAAACAUCGAUCAGCUGUUGGCAAUAGCUAAUUCAAGUGGUCCAAAUGAAACCAGCAGCAGCUCACCAACAGAAGCUGACAGCCAAAACGUUUCAAAUCACGCACCAAAUGAACCGACCGAUCAAGAUGAUCCAAGUUAUGCGCGACCAGAGCAUUCACAACAUUCUGACGAAUCAAAUGUGGUCGAAGCCACAAAUGCGCCAACGUUCGUUACGCCAUUGGCACCUGUUCCGCACAAACGCAAAGAAAGUGGACCCGAACAAGUGUCGCCGGCCAAAAAAGCCCACUACGAAUCGAAUCGUAGCCAAUUCGCGAGCCGUGCAUCAUCACGCGAACCGCCACGAAAGUCACCACAUGAAUUGCUACAAGAACAACGUGAAUCGCCACGAAAAUCAGCGCGUCAAUUGCCGCAAAAUGAAAUUGGCUCAACCGAACGCAAUCGAAGUGGCCGCAUUGAACCCGUUUUGAGUUUGGUGAAAAUUGAAUAUCCAACCGAACAGAAGCGUAUGAUCACACAGCCAACUGCACAGUCACAGUCGGGCGUUACACCACGUGAAGUUUUAUCGGAGUUGUACGUUCAGCAUCGCGAGAAUGAACGAUCACGUCACUCGAAUCAGUCAUCGGCAUUUGCGCCAAUUCAAACACAUGCACGCCAUCAAACCACUGAUAACCGAUCGGGCAGUUUCUCAGUCUCAAGCGGUCAAAGUGCUUCCAAAGCGCCAGCAAAGUUUUCAAGUGCCAAGGCAACGGCUACAACUGUAGCUUCUGCUCCACCUAGUGUUGAGGGCACAUUGCGUAUACACACACAUCGCCGAAACGAACAACCAGGCAUGUCUCGCUCAGGUCAACGUGACCACAAUUACCGCACUGGUCGUAGCGAUGAACAAUUCCGCGGAAUUGGUGAUGACAAGUCAUUCUCCAGUAUGGACUUUCCUCCCCAACAGUCGUCAAUGUUUUCAACCGCCAAGGAAACGACUGUCAAUCCGGCUACAGCUUCUGCAGUCGAAAGUACAUCAAAGAAGCGCACACAUGAUGGCAACGAAACUACUCACAAGCCCAAUGAACAAACAGACUCUUCUCGCUCAGCUCGACAUGGUGUCAAUGAACUUUCUCACCGAUCCCGAAGCGACACCGAUGAUGAUAUGUCCACAUUUGGUAACAACAUUGAUUUCGACGAGUUUUCGUUCGAUGCUGGUUUCGACCCAGCAAAUUCGGCAAGAGAACAACGUGGCGAAUCGAGCUCAUUCGAUGGCGACGCAUCAUUCAUUGGUGAUCUCUCGUUCAGCGAAAAUCGCAGUGGAACUGGAGCGGGCGAGUUCAAUUUGGACGAAUUAGCAGACUUCGGUUUUGAUGAUUAGAUACUCAUUCUAACGUACAUUCGCAAAGUCAAAACAUUCGCGCAAUCAGCGCUUUUCGUCACUGAAGACACCAAAUUUCUUAUUUAGGUCUUUCGAUAGACUUGAAAAAAAGAGGAUUUUCAUCAAUACUUAUCAUUUUCAACUUUUUUCUUUACAUUUAUUCUUUGAUUUUUUUUGUCAUUUUUUCUCAUUAUUACGUUUAUUUAUCCAAAAAUCGAUCGAAACAUAUCGAAAAAGACUCAAUUGAUCAAACAUUAUCAACAAAACAUUUUGUUCUACCCCGAAAAAAAAACGAAUAAAAAUAUGGAAAAAAAACGCUGAAGUCGAAAUAAAGAGGUAAAAUAAAUGAAA